AUGGAAGAUUAUUCAGAAGAUCAAAACUAGGACAUUAACUCUCAAUACGAUUAGAACUCUAAUUAAAGCAAUAAUCCUUAAAAUGGUGAAUUGUGGAAGCAAUUCGGUCGAGAAUCUGAUGUCGGGAAAAUGCUCUUCUCAAUGUACUCUGCCAAAGAGAAGCCAAAGAUUUAUUAUCCUCCAGUUAAAACUAAGCCUAGAGUAGAAUAACCGAAGGAAGAGAAGAAAUGCCCUUAGCAAGCUCAAAUAGAGUAUCCAGAGAUAAAGCAAAAACCCAGGAAGAAAUAUCAUCCAAUCGACUUCGUACCAAAGCGUAAGGGUGCAGAUGAAAUCUAGUAUGAAAUGUAGAAAGAACUUAACAAACCUCUGGUAGCACCAGGAAAAAGAGGAGUUAAUCGAAAGUUUAUGAUCAAUGACUUGCAGGAGAGAUUUCAGUUCAAAGAUAGAGAGGAAAUUGAUAGGAUUAUUGCUGAGAAAAAGCAGGCUUAAUUACUGCCUGAAAUAAAUCCAAAGAAGAAAAAGAAGUACAACAUGAAUAUUGCCUAGAAAGCACUGCAGCAUUAUCAGGAGAAGUAUGGUAAACCCCCUGGUGAUUUGCUAAACUUAAGACCUAAAACACAUGAUGAGAUCAGAGAUGAGCAAGAUCAAGAGUUGGAAGAGCUAUUUGAUUCUAUUGUAGAGGAAAUCGAAGAACGCUAGUAAUAUCUUGAUGAAGUAAUAACUAUUGGGGGCCGGAAAGAUAUUGAACAAAGAGUUAAGAAUGAGAUUGUGGAUAGAAUUGCAGAACUUCAGAAAGUCAGAGAGAUCUAGAAUAAGAGAAGAUGA